GCUCCGCGGCUCCCCGCCCCCGGCCCGCCCCUCCGCGGCGCCAUUUUGCAGGCGGCUGUCGCGGGGACCGGAGGCGGCGGCGGGCACUGCGGCGCCGAGGCGCGGCGGCAGGACGGGAGCCCAGCGAGCUGCAGCCAGCUAGGUCUUGACUCUGACAACCGGGAUCCUCCUGUGGUUUCGAGCUUGGACUUCAGCACCGGGAAAUGUAGCUCAGCGGCUUGUAACGGAAAGCAUAUGGACAGGUUCACGUCACGGCAUUUAGGGUCAAGAUGCUGAGAAGUGACAUUGCCGGAUCAUAGUGCACACACCUCUUCAACCUGCUAGCUGCCACCAAAUUGUUUUGCCCAGUGUUUGAACCAAUUUACAUUUCUGGCAAGAGAGUGGGAAAAUUCCUGUUUAUCCACAGUCUUCCCAACAGUUGGCCUUGAAUAAGAUUUGAGAAUGCUUGUUCCAUUACGAAAAACGGAAGUGCAGAAACCACAGAGGUGCUAGAGAUGGCACUUGUGGGGCUCAUCUCUGCCUGAGAAUUGGGUGCUCCUGGCACUGGAAGAGCCAGCUCAGAUCCUGGGCUCCUUGCUUGAACAAGCCUUCUCUUCCAGCCGCUCCAGUCCAACGGCCAAACUACUCAUUUUCUCUUAAUGAUGGGUAUUGGUAAGAACACUACGUCCAAAUCCAUGGAGGCUGGAAGUUCAACUGAAGGCAAAUACGAAGAUGAAGCGAAGCAUCCCGCUUUCUUUACUCUUCCGGUGGUGAUAAAUGGAGGCGCCACGUCCAGCGGUGAACAGGACAAUGAAGACACCGAGCUCAUGGCAAUCUACACCACAGAAAACGGCAUCGCAGAAAAGAGCUCUCUCGCCGAGACCUUGGAUAGCACCGGCAGUCUAGACCCCCAGAGAUCGGACAUGAUUUACACCAUAGAAGACGUCCCCCCCUGGUACCUGUGCAUAUUUCUGGGGUUGCAGCACUACCUGACCUGCUUCAGUGGCACCAUCGCUGUGCCCUUUCUGCUGGCGGAUGCCAUGUGCGUGGGGUACGACCAGUGGGCCACCAGCCAGCUCAUCGGGACCAUUUUCUUCUGUGUGGGAAUCACGACUUUGCUGCAGACAACGUUUGGAUGCAGGUUACCCCUGUUUCAGGCCAGUGCUUUUGCAUUUCUGGCCCCUGCUCGAGCCAUCCUGUCUUUAGAUAAAUGGAAAUGUAACACCACAGAUGUUUCAGUGUCCAAUGGAACAACAGAGCUGUUGCACACAGAGCACAUCUGGUAUCCCCGGAUACGUGAGAUCCAAGGUGCCAUCAUCAUGUCCUCGCUGAUAGAAGUGGUCAUCGGCCUCCUGGGCCUGCCCGGGGCUCUGCUGAAAUACAUCGGGCCCCUGACCAUCACGCCCACGGUGGCCCUCAUCGGGCUGUCUGGGUUCCAGGCGGCAGGAGAGAGAGCGGGGAAGCACUGGGGCAUCGCCAUGCUGACAAUUUUCCUAGUAUUACUGUUUUCCCAGUAUGCCAGGAACGUGAAGUUUCCUCUCCCAAUUUACAAAUCCAAGAAAGGAUGGACUGCAUACAAGUUACAGCUUUUCAAAAUGUUCCCUAUCAUCCUGGCCAUCCUCGUGUCCUGGCUGCUGUGCUUCAUCUUCACAGUGACAGAUGUCUUCCCUCCUGACAGCACAAAGUAUGGCUUCUACGCUCGAACGGAUGCCAGGCAGGGCGUGCUUCUGGUAGCCCCGUGGUUUAAGGUCCCGUACCCGUUUCAGUGGGGACUGCCCACCGUCUCCGCGGCUGGUGUCAUUGGCAUGCUCAGCGCUGUCGUUGCCAGUAUUAUCGAGUCUAUUGGGGACUAUUACGCCUGUGCAAGGCUGUCCUGUGCCCCGCCACCUCCCAUCCAUGCGAUAAACAGGGGGAUUUUCGUGGAGGGUCUCUCCUGUGUUCUCGAUGGCAUAUUUGGUACUGGGAAUGGCUCUACUUCGUCCAGUCCCAACAUUGGAGUUUUGGGAAUUACUAAGGUCGGCAGUCGGCGGGUGAUUCAGUACGGUGCGGCCCUCAUGCUGGCUCUUGGCAUGAUCGGGAAGUUCAGCGCCCUCUUCGCCUCCCUCCCGGAUCCGGUGCUUGGCGCCCUCUUCUGUACUCUCUUCGGAAUGAUCACAGCUGUUGGGCUCUCCAACCUGCAGUUUAUCGACUUAAAUUCUUCCCGGAACCUCUUUGUCCUGGGAUUUUCAAUCUUCUUUGGGCUCGUCCUUCCAAGUUACCUCAGGCAGAAUCCUCUCGUCACAGGCAUAACGGGGAUCGAUCAGGUGUUGAACGUUCUUCUCACAACUGCUAUGUUUGUAGGAGGCUGCGUGGCUUUUAUUUUGGAUAACACCAUCCCAGGUACUCCGGAGGAAAGAGGAAUCCGGAAGUGGAAGAAGGGCGUGGGCAAAGGGAGCAAGUCGCUCGAUGGCAUGGAAUCCUACGAUCUGCCGUUCGGCAUGAACAUUAUUAAAAAAUACAGAUGCUUUGGCUACUUACCCAUCAGCCCAACCUUUGCGGGCUACACGUGGAAAGGCCUCAGGAAGAAUGCCACCAGCCGGAGUUCAGACGAGGACUCGCAGGCCACGGUAUAGCUGUAGCUCACCCUGUGGCCCGGCCGCAGUGAGGCAUGAAUCUGUAGUUCCUUGCUGAGUAACAAGCAGUAACCUGUAUGUUUGUAUAUCUGCAUUUACAUUCUGCACCCAGAGCUAAGACGAUUACAAAUAGCUUUUUUUGUUGUGGGUGGUGAUCGUGUCUAAUAUUGUGUCUCACCUGUCUCCUUAUUUAAGCCCUACCCCUUGCCUUUGAGAGCAUCCAUUGAACUUGAAGUUCCUGUCCUCCUGUGGGAGUGGGUGUUUAAAUCCACAGCGGUUCCUUGGUUUCGGUCUCCUUCUACCACCCUGGGCUAGCUUUCCUACAAGCUGCCUCUGGGGUGCAGGGGCUUUUCUGUUCCAGAAGCACCUGGACCCGCUUCUAUUUUAUUUGACCUCAGCCUGCACCCGCAUAGACCCCCUCUGCUCAAGGGGCACCAGUAUCCUCGCACUGUCACAUCUGACUGGUCAGAUGUGAUUCUGUGUCCCCUGAUGCUCCUGUAGCAGCAAACUAUUGACCUGAUUGAAAACAGUCAACAUGGUUACCUUAUACCCAUAUCUGUGUGUGGGUAAGGUCUGUACAGGUGUUAAUUAGAAUUGAAAUCUGUUUGGGGGAUUGGAGGGGAAAGGAAAGGACCUUGAAGUCAAUAUCUGAUUCUCAACUGCUCUUCCUUGGUGCCACCCUGGCCCGGGAUGGGCCAGCACAUUUCAUACUGGCCUCUUUUUCACUAUAAUUGAGACACUCUAUCUGACAUUUUAUCACUCUAGGCUGGUGUGAUGGGUAUAGAGUGCCACACAGGGGCACUAAGCAAAUGUUUAUGGGAGUCUUGACUCUGCCGUCAUGUGGAUGUCAGUUCUUGUUGCGCGUAUCUAUAAAUUACAAGAUUUUAUUCCUAUUUAAUGUUAUUGACUAUAACAGGUUUUUGAAAUCAGUGUUUUUCCAUGUGACCCUCUUUCCUUGCAUCCCUAUUACUUGUCCCCCACCCCUCACUUCCCAUUAAGAAAAGAACCAGCAUUUAUAAAGCUGUGGAUACCAUCAGGGAAGCUUGUCGUCAAGGCUUUUGAAGGCCAGUAACCAUUAUUGUGGUUGUGUUUUGUAUUGCUUGAUACCAUGAAAGUGUAAAUACUGUAAUGCCUAAUCUAUUUAUCAAAACUGACUACUGGACCAGAGCCCAGAAACCGUGGGUUAAGUUACACGUGAAUUUGUUUUGUGAAGAAGGGAAGCUGAGGCAGGUAAUCAACAGAGCCGCCAUAUUGAAUGGUUGGACAUCCUGGUAAAUUCAUCCCUGUAGUUCUGUUGCAAGUCAUUUCUGGCAGUUAAGGCUUAAGGAGACUUUCUGUGAGUUACCAUGUGGAAUGUCCACUGGAUUUUGAUUUUGCAGGGGGGGAAAUUAGACUGGCUAAAUGCUGCCUUUCUUGUUUUAAGUUAUUGCAGAAGAUGGUAAGAAAAGCAGUAGGCAGGGCCCCUUCUGUUGAUUUCUCAUUAAUAACACUAAAUCUUUUCUGGAAAAGUUACUUCUGUGGAAUUUGGUUUGAAAAUUUUCAGCCACAGGAAACCCUGAAACACAAGGUAGCAACCUCGCUGCGUGAGGUUGUGCUUCCUAGGUCGUUUGUUAACCUGGUUGAGCCUUAGACAGCCCAUGGGUGUUCUUGUCUCUGACAGCAGGGCAUGGUUCUCAGCAGCUCUGUGUCCACAGGGCCCGUUUCCUGCCCCCAUAGCUGGUUCUCCUCCACCUCGUUCUGAUGUCUUUGGCAGCAUUGUUGUACCACUAUAGCCUCCUCGAUUCCUGGGAAGUUUGGGGCUUCAAGGCGUAUUCUGGCAAGAAUAGUUCAGAGCCACUGUACCAUUUUGCCAAGAUCUUAUUGCAGAUUAAGUAAAAAAAAAAAAACAAAAAACAAAAAAAUGAGAUUCUAAAUUACAUUUAAUUUUGUAUGUUUUUUAAAAGUGUAUCUGGUGCAUAGUUAACUGUAGAAGCACACUGGUCAAUGGUUUUCAUCUCUUUAACUUGGUUAACUAACACUCAAUGCCGACAGCCGUCCUGUACUGAGUUGCUCUCAGUUUCCUUCUGUUUGUGUUUUUGCUCAGCAUCUCUAAUUUCUCUGCUCUAAAUAGUGGGGAAACUGUUAAACAGGCCAGAGAUUUGCAGUAUUCUAGUUCUCUAGAUGAGCAGAAGGACCAAAUAUCAAAUAAAAGCAUCUGAACCAUUGGGUAAUUUAACUUUCAGCGUAACCUGAUGGGGCAUCUUCCCUCCAAGUGAGUGACACUUAGGAUAUGUGCUUCAAACAUCCAGAAACCCACUCCCUUCUGAAACCCCUCCUUGGGCCGGGUUUUAUUGGGAGCUUCCAAAUCUGCUGGUCUGGGGGAUGUCUUCUGCAAGCAUUUAAAUGUGGAGGGAAGCCCUGUAUCCAUACCGAAUGUUAGAGAUGAUGGAUUGUGCUCUUUUUGUUUCGUUGGGGCCAACUUUAGAUUCUCUAAGGCAGGGGGAAGGGGACAGGAGGUGGGGAGGAAAGAGGGCAGCCCAACUAAAGGUCCUAUUGAGUCUGGUGCUUUCUGCACUCACUUUCACUUGAGUGAGUGGAGUCUCCUGAUAAUGAACAGAUCCUGCAUGUGCAGCACACACAACCAUGAUCGAAAGUGGUCCUCCUGCCGGCAAAUAUGCUACAGAAUGAGUCUGUAAUUAAAAGAGAAAUGUAUUCGUCUGCUCCUUAGGUUCAAGCACACACUGAAAGGGAGGUUUUGAGGGACGAAGGGGCCAUGUGCAUUUACAUUAUUGGCCUGCAUUUCUGGGGCCGCAUAUCCACCACACUUUGGCCAAUAGAACGUUUUUAAAUGUUUUGGAUGUAAGUGUUCUUGGACAGGGCAUUCAGCCUCCAGUUUCCAUAGUGACUACACCUACCCACCGUCUUUACAUUGACCCUGGCCAUCUCAAUGUAAGAAGUAGAAAGUAUUUAUUUAGAAGGACAGUAGAUACUGUCCCAUCGAGGUGGGUGGCAAGGGAGAGCCCACCACUGGUUUUAAUAAAAACUAUCUAACGUGGUUCAUAGAGUAAUGGGGAAUGGCUCCAGUCUUUGUCUCAUUAGGGAAUUAAACUUAGAUUCUUUCAUACAGACUCUUUCUUAAGAGGGUUUCAGAUGUCGUAGUUUCUCGUGAUUGAUGGAGGUAAGAGAAGUGGCUUAACCAGGCCAGUUGGAAUGAGGCAUCGUGUGUCCUGGUGGUUUCCCGUUUUCAUGGUAACAAAUUCACACACCGGAUUUGCUUUAUACUGUAGAAUACUGACUUUCAUGAUGACGACUUGGUUUAUGCAUGAAUACUGCAGUAUUUCCAUAUAGUAAAGUAACAUUUCUACCCAGGAUAAUAGUCAGUUCUCCAGGGAGGGAAUGAUAUAAUUUUCAUGACAAUGUCAUGUGAUAAUAGAAUUUCUCCAUUGAUGAAUCUCUAGUAUGUGUGUAUACUUUAUUUAACCAUGCGUAUAUUUUAUCACCAUGAGCUAAAGUAAUUCUUUCAUUCACGGCCCUGCUGAAGGAUUGGUACUGGCAACUUAGACUUACGAGUUGGCAACUAUAAUCAUCCAGAAUACUGAUGCCACGAGAGUGGCCAGGCCAGGUAGAAGGUGAAUAAGGAGCUGUGGCAGAAGCCUCAUUCCAGAACCUGCCUGGCAGUGAGCGGCAGCGUUGCGUGGGCGCUGUGCUUGGGACGUGCACACGCAGCCACACCCCCCGGGCACCGUGGCUGUGCACUCACUGCACGCGGGCCUGAGGCUUCUGGGGGGCGCCCCUUCUCAGGGGAGCCCCCCUGGGCCUCAGAGAAGGGCCCCGGGUUUCCACAUGCCAUACGUGUUGCGCUCUGUCCCCUUAUGAUUUGGACACAAACAGGACGUUUCCCACCCGCCACUUCACCUGCAGUCACCUCCUGAGUAGCUUGAGAAGACCGCCCGUUGUCGCGGACAUUCGGCUUCUCCCUGUGGAUGCGGAAAGCACGUUAGCGCUGGGCACCCCUUUUCAGCAGCCUCACACACAUUCCUGCCCUUCUAGGUUGUUCUUGACUGUGCCUGGUCCUCCUCCGCAGAAGGAACACCCGGCGUCCUUAGACUCACUGCGCUCGUUUCCCGGCACUUAGGGCACCCUCACCAGUGUCUCCGUCUCACUGACAGUUCAAGUUAAUACCCUUUUUUGUUCGUUGGUAACAACCUCUGUUUGACACAUUAAUAAAUUUCUGACUGUUCUUAAAGCAGUGGGGAUGCCUAUAUUUUCCUUGCGUUUUUGUGACUGACUUUGGCUAUAUACCUUUCUGGGGUUUUGUUUGUUUUUUAUUUUUAUUUUGCAUACCGAGGGUAUCUGGGGGUGGGGUUGUUUUUUGAGAUGUGUAAUUCUUUUAUGGAGUUUUUAAAAAAGAAUUUUCAUAUUGUUUUUCUAACAUGGCUUCAUUAAACGUUUAAGUAUUUUAAAAAUAUGUAAUAUUUGGACCAGAUGUUGUGAAUAAUAGUAGAGAUAAAGCUAUUUUAUUCUGUAUUUUUAAAACUGUUCCGUACAAAUAAAAGCUCUCCUGGACGCAGUUCCUGUAAA